ACUGCAAGAAAAAAAGGAAAUUCAAUUAAAUAAUGAUUGAAAAGAAAUAUCAUCACGCAAAACCUUAAAAGUACUAUCGAUGUCGUAUCCUCCUCCUCUUCAUGUACAUGAAAAUAGUUUUUUUUUUCUUUUAGCAUCAAAAUAGUUCCCACAGUUUUCACAUCAACUUAACCAUUUUCACAUUUUCAGAAUUUUCACUUUUUCUGUUACCUUCGUAUAAUACUAUAUUUAGUACCAUUACCCAUCUCUCUUUCACCACCAAACCUCUGCGCAUCCUCUCUGUUCUCUCUCUCUCUCUCUUUCUCACUCUCCAAGAAAACAAUCACAAAAUGUCAGUCAACCAUAGCUCAAGAGACAUCCACCACAACACUCACUCGUCGUUGCACAACGACCAUAGAGAGUCUUUGUUCGAGAAGUCACUCACACCAAGCGACGUCGGAAAGCUAAACCGUUUAGUCAUACCAAAACAACACGCCGAGAGAUACCUCCCUCUCAAUAAUAACGGCGGCGGAGGUGACGACGUGACGGCGGAGUCUACGGAGAAAGGGGUGCUUCUCAGCUUCGAGGAUGAGUCAGGCAAGAGCUGGAAAUUCAGAUACUCGUACUGGAACAGUAGUCAAAGCUACGUGUUGACCAAAGGAUGGAGCAGGUACGUCAAAGACAAGCACCUCAACGCGGGCGACGUCGUUUUAUUCCAACGGCACCGUUUUGAUAUCCAUAGGCUCUUCAUUGGCUGGCGGAGACGCGGCGAGGCUUCUUCCGCCGUCUCCACCGUGUCUCAAGAUGCUCGAGGUGACACGACCGCGUACUGGAGCGGUUUGACUACACCUUAUCGUCAAGUACACGCGUCAACUAGUUCUUACCCUAACAUCCACCAAGAGUAUUCACAUUAUGGCGCUGUCGCUGAGACACCGACGGUAGUUGCAGGGAGCUCGAGGACCGUGAGGCUAUUUGGAGUUAACCUCGAAUGUCAUGGUGACGUUGUUGAGCCACCACCGUGUCCUGACGCGUACAACGGCCAACACAUUUACUAUUACCCAACUCCUCAUCCCAUGUUUGGCACCGUCAUGUCUUUGUACAAGUCAAAGACUAAUGCUAAAACUGUCGUUUCAAUGUUACUUGGAUGGACUUGUAUCGGUAAUGCAGCAUUGAUGGUAGAUAGCUGGAAUAUAGUACAUCCAGUCAAAGUUUAAAGUAUCUCAUUUGCUGGAGAAGCAAUGGAGCAGGUAGGAGAUGGACGAGGUUGAUGAUAUCCAGAAAUAAGUGACAACUUUAGUUUAACUUUAGAUUGUGAGCCUCCAUACUUAAAGAGAAAAAAACAAAAAGGAGGAGAACUAAUAAUAUCAGUAACUUCGUUAUUUAUUUAUUUAUUUACUAUUCGACUAACUUGAAAACAUAUAUGAAAAACAGAGAGGAUAUUUUUCUCU